AUGCUAGCCUUGCAAUUUGCUGUAGAGACCAUCAAUGACAGUCCAAGGAUCUUACCUAAUGCCACUCUGGGGCUCCAUGUUUUGAACAGCAAUUUCCAGGUCAAAUGGACUUACUGUGCCUCAGUGGAACUUCUCUCCACACGGGGCAAAUUUAUCCCUAACUACAAGUGUGAUGUGCAGGCUAAUGUAGCAGCGGUUAUCGGGGGGCCUAAUGCUGAUGUGUCUCUCUUCAUGGCAACCAUUUUGUCCACCUACAAGAUUCCACAGUUGGCAUAUGGGUCCUCGCCAGUGAUGAAUGACAUAGAGCAAAGAGUUUUCCUUCACCAGAUAUUCCCAGACAUCGACCAACAAUAUAAGGGGAUUCUCCAGCUAUUGCUCUACUUCCAAUGGAUGUGGAUUGGAGUGGUUCUCAUUCAGGAUGAGAGUGGGGAGAGAUUUGCAGAAAAUGAGCUGCCCAUGUUUGCCCAGGGAGUUCACAGCGAGGAAGUGCUGGGUUUCCAUCGGUUCCUUCAGCACAGGAAGCUCACAUCGAAAGAGGAAGAUGCUUUUUCCAGGGAUUUCUGGGAAGAGGCAUUUCAGUGUUCUUUCUCCAAUGCUACUGGAGAAACAAUGGCAGAAGAAAUCUGCACUGGAGAGGAGAACCUGGAGCAUCUUCCUGGGUCGAUUUUUGAAAUGAGCAUGACCAGCCACAGCUACAGCAUCUAUAAUGCUGUCCAUGUACAACCUCUUUCUCUGUGCAAUGCCCAUUGCAAUCCUGGUUACAGUCGGACAAAGAUUGAAGGGAAACCAUUUUGCUGCUACAGUUGUCAUCGAUGCCCAGAGGGGAAGAUUUCUCAUCUCAAUAAUUUGGAUGACUGUUUUCUAUGUCCAGACGACCAGCAUCCCAACAGGGGCCAGAAUUUGUGCCUUCCAAAAUACAUCAUUUUCCUGAAAUUUGAAGAGCCUUUGGGAAUCACGCUCAUUCUUUUUGCACUUUUUUUAAUUUUCCUCACAGCUUUGGUGCUUCACCUCUUCAUUAAGCACCGGGAGACCCCCAUCGUCAAAGCCAACAACCGGAACCUCAGCUAUGUUCUCCUCACUUCCCUCUUGCUUUCAUUCCUUAGCACUUUGCUCUUCAUUGGACAACCCACAAAGCUUAUGUGCCUCCUUCGACAAACAGCUUUCGGCCUCAUCUUUGCAGUAGCUGUUUCUUCAGUUUUGGCCAAGACCGUCAUUGUGGUCCUGGCUUUCAUGGCCACCACACCAGGAGCUGGAAUGAGAAAAUGGUCUGGGAAGCACCUGGCCAGCUCCAUUGUCCUAUCCUGCUCCUUUACUCAAUCCUUGAUUUACAGUGUGUGGUUGGUAACUGCUCCCCCCUUUCCAGAUGUUGACAUGUACUCCCUGAUGGAAGAAAUUAUCCUGGAGUGUAAUGAAGGAUCGGUCACCUUGUUUUACAGUGUCCUUGGAUUCCUAGGCUUUCUGGCUACCAUCAGCUUCAUGGUGGCCUUCCUGGCCAGGAACUUGCCUGACAGUUUCAAUGAAGCCAAGUUUAUUACCUUCAGCAUGCUGGUCUUCUGCAGUGUCUGGGUAUCCUUUGUUCCAACUUAUUUAAGCACCAAGGGCAAAUACAUGGUGGCCGUGGAGAUCUUUUCCAUCUUGGCCUCCAGUGCUGGCUUAUUGGUCUGCAUCUUUUCCCCCAAAAUGUAUAUUCUCAUACUGAGGCCUGAGCUGAACAGCAGGAAAUACUUAAGAAGAAAAUAA